AUUAUAGAAGAGGCACCAUCGACACUUCUGUCCAAGUGGCGUGGGUCGACCUUGGGAAUCCAGCCAGAAUCAUGACGCAGGGCAAGCCUUCACUCGUUGACAAGAACCCUGGUGACUUAUCCAGUGGACAGUCCUCAGUGUCACCUGCUCCGCCCAGUUAUGAGGAAGCCACUGCAGGUGUACCGAAGAUGGUGGCCAGCACCAGUGAGUCUUGCUACAGUGAUGUUGAGAUGUUAACAGAGUUCACCUGGGAUGAUCGGAACAUCCGGAGGGUCUUCAUACGUAAGGUGUACGCCAUCCUGGCAAUCCAGCUCUUGGUAACACUCUCUAUUGUCUCUCUUUUCACUUUCUGUGUUCCUGUGAAGGACUACAUUCAAACAAACCCGGGGUGGUACUGGGCCUCUUACGCAGUGUUCUUCGUUACAUAUUUGACACUGUCUUGUUGCUCUGCACCAAGGAGAAAGUUUCCAUGGAAUCUGAUCCUGCUUGCCAUCUUUACCCUUUCACUCUCCUACAUGACAGGGAUGUUAUCCAGCUUCUAUGACACCAAAUCAGUGAUAAUGUGUCUGGGGAUCACCACUGCGGUCUGUCUCCUAGUUACAAUCCUCAGUUUCCAAACUAAGAUUGAUGUGACAUCAUACCAAGGUGUGCUCCUUAUCUUCUGUAUGGUCAUGUUCAUCUCUGGACUAGUGCUUGCUAUUGUCCUUCCCUUUCAAUAUGUACCCUGGUUGGAUACCACAUAUGCUGUUUUGGGAGCCAUAUUGUUCACCAUGUUUUUGGCAUUUGACACCCAGCUCCUCAUGGGCACCAAGCGGUACACCAUGAGCCCCGAAGAGUACAUCUUUGCCACUCUCAGCAUCUACCUGGACAUAGUCUACAUCUUCUCCUUCUUCCUCCAAAUAUUUGGAACAAGACAGGAGUAAAAUAACAACCUUAAGGGCGGCACAAUUAUUAAUAAUAGUUAAUAAUGGUCAUUGUGUAAUAAGUCAUUUUGGUAGAUGUAGUGACAAAUCCUUGAGUUGUAACACAAUAUUUUUUGCCGCAUAUUCCUAUUAUGGUGAAUAAUUUGUGAAUCUUGUGCUGUGAACUACUGUGAGGUAUUGUACGGACACAUCUGUCAUUAACUGCACCCAACAAGUUCUUACCAGCAUGGUGUUGGUAUGUUAUGGAGCUCUUAAAUCACAUGGCCAGAACAUGUUCAAACCCUCUGUAUGUAUGUCUCUAGACCGAAAUCUGCAUCCUGUGUUAUUACAUAAUAUACUGUAGAUGCUAAUUCAUGAUGUAAUAUAUAGAUGCAUAACUCUUAUAAAAAAAAAAAAAAAAAAAAAAUGCCUCUGCCAAUUAUAUUGUCAUUCUAUUAUCAAACUCACAUUAUUUGUGAAGGUUUUAUAUAUUUUUUGUUUUUAGUCAUACAGUAGAUGCUCUUUUGUUCAUAAGAAACCUCUACACUGUUAAUGUGGAUCGAAGAGGUAGCUUAUUGCAGUGUUGAAUGUUAAUUCUCUAAUAUUUGUACUGCGUUGUAAUUUGUUGUUUUGGCAGCUAGGUGGAUGAGUGGUUAGCAUUUUUGUGUCUCAGUUAUGAGGUUGGGGGUUUGAAUCCGAGCUCCUGCCUUUCUGUAUGAAUGUUGUCCUGGUACUGCGGCUUCCUCCCACAUUUCAAUACAUGCAUGUUAGAGUUUCACUUGAAGACUCUAAAUCAGGGAUGUCAAACUCAAAUUCACGGUGGGCCAAAAUAAAAAAUUUAGACAAUGUUGCGGGCCAAACUCAAUAUUUAAUGAAAAAUCACUGCAAUGUGCACGUUUCCUUUCUCUGCAGAAAUGUAGCGUUACAGUUUAUAACUUGACAACAAACUUACGUUUUGCUUAAAGACUGAAUCUGGAACAAGUAAACUUUAAUAUAAACACGAGAAAUGAAAUUUGGGAUAAAAGACAUCAGUGGUAUUCGUUUGUUGUUUUACAUUUAAAUAGAUAACAUGAAUUCUACAAUCUCUCCAUCUUGUUCUUCAAUAAAAAUCCAAACUGCAAAUUAUUAACAGUUCCUGCCUAAAAGUUGAUAAAGGGCAUUUAAAAAAAAAAAUAAAAUUCAAUUAUGUUAUAUUCUUUGUUACAGUCACGUUGCUCUGCACACGACAAACAGACAAUCUGCCUCCCACCUGUCUUGGAACUUAACCAUUUUCCAUCUUUCAUUUGGCCAUUUAUGGGAAGGGGAAGUGUAAAUUUGCUCGAGGAGACUGGUAGCAUAGUUGUUAACGACUGCAACAGAAAGGGAAGGGGCGCUCGCCGGUCUAGACUGAUGGGCCAACACACUAGCAAAGCAUUCUGGGAUUUGUAAUAUUAGUGGCGCAUGUGCUAUAUACUGGCGGGCCAGCUCUAAUACACAUUUGAUAUGGUCUUGUGGGCCAAAUAUAAUUUCGUCGUGGGCCAAAUUUGGCCCCCGGGAAUGAGUUUGACAUAUAUGGUCUAAAUUGUCCUUAGGUGUGAAUGAGAGUGUGAAUGCUCAUUUGACUAUAUGUUACUUUCGAUUGGCUGGCGACCAGUCCAGGUUGUACCCUGCCUGUCGCCCAACGUCAGCUGGAAUAGGCUCCAGCCCAUCUGUGAUCCAAAUAAGGAUAAGCACGAUUUAAAAAAAUGGAUGGAUGGUUGGAUGUUAUAUUUUAAAUCUGAUCAUAUGGUUAUUAUGAUAGUGCCAUUGACUACGGUUAGGUUAUGGUUAGCUUGAGGAGGGCUAAUGAUAUAUAUUUUAACUUUAUUUUUCUAUGACAUGACAGAACUAUAUAUUUCAGGAAAUGAGAGUGAAAUGCAUGAAGUUUAGUUUUGAAAGUCAAAUGAAGUGGUUUUGAAAUGCAUUGACUAUGUUGAAUGUGAGUGUGAACACUGCAUUUCAUUGUAAUGUUACAGCCUACAUUAUUAAAGUGUUCCUGUGAACGAA